AUGCAGAACGAAAGCGAACAACGACUAAUAUUGGCAUUAGUCACUACAGGUGGCUUUACUCACGCAGAUGUCUGCCAGGCUCUGGCCAAACGUGGCCAUACUGUCGAUUUCGCAACCCUCGACGGCCAAGAAAAGUGGGCAAAGAACUACCCGUUUAUCAGAAGAGUACAUUCUCUGGGACAGGGUCCUACAGAAGAACAGUACAGGGAGCACUGGAAUAGGAUGCCGAAGCAUGAUGCCAAGAAAGGGGUUGGGAGCGAGAUGUGGGAGUCAAAAUAUCUUUGGGAUUCCUUCUUCCCCGUAACAUACAAAGGCGUCAGAAAAGUUUGCCUUAAUCCAGAAACACGACCAUCUUUCAUAAUUGCAGACUUCUUCGCCGAAUUGGCCGCAAAAGACAUGAUGGCUGAGCUUGGAAUCCCAAUUGCUAUCAUGUGGCCGCAAAUGCCGUUUUUGCUGGCACCUGCUUCAUACAUCCCUGGCCAACCAGGAUUUCAGGCUAUCAUCUCGACAACAUCGGAGCAUGCGUCAUUGAUGUCUCGAUUGAGAAAUGAGUUGGUCAUGGUGUGCGCGAUACCAAGCUUCCUAGUUUGGCUUCGAUGGUUGACCGCUCUUCGGAAGAAGGCAGGCGUUCGUUAUCCCAACCCUACAAGACUAACUGCUGGCUCACGACCCGUUUGCCUCGUCCUUGUCAAUUCUUUCUUUGGUCUUGAAACUCCCAAAGACCUCCCCCCUCUUAUGGCAUCUGUUGGACCCAUUCUUGCAGAUGAGUUUCCGACCUUGGAUCAGCCACAUGGUUCCUUCCUUGACUCUCAUGGCCGCACGGCCUAUGUUGCGCUUGGAACUCAUAUCGACCUCCCGAAGGAUACCUUUGACAAAUUGUUUCGUGGCCUAGUGCAGUCCCUUAGCUCAGGUCAUAUCGAUGGCAUUCUUUGGUCCUUGCCUGCGCUUACACGGCAAAAAUUGGAUCGAAAACAGCAACUGGAAGUCGACGGAGAAUUGUUCAGCCUGGGUGAUCUCCUUGAUAACAGGGCGAGCUCUGUGUUCUUCCCUACAUACUCGCCGCAAAGAGCGGUACUGGAUCACAAGAACACUGCUAUUUUCGUCACACACGCUGGCGGGUCUUCAGCUAAUGAAGUUGCCUAUCAUGGCAAACCAGCUCUGGUGAUCCCAUUCAUGUUUGAUCAACUAUGCAACGCGGUUCGGCUUGAAGAAGCUGGAGUGGGACUGCGUCUAGACAAAUUUGACUUUACGCAGGAAGAAGUUACCUCGAGAAUCGCCCUUAUAAUAGAAGACGAGGAAGGUUCUUUUGCUCGGAAUGUUCUCCGCCUUCGACGGAUAGCGCGUGUUGCUGCAAGACGCAAGCACUUGGCCGCCGACCUAGUCGAAGAAGUCUUAUACGAUGAUGAACUCCGCCAAGACAAGAAGCAGGGGGCGAGAAGCCGACCGAUGCAUUUAGAGACUGCUGAUGUGCGACUGUCAUGGUUCAAGAAAAAUAAUUGGGAUCUGUAUUUGUUCACUUUUGGCAUAUUCGUGGGACUGCCUUUGGCAACCGCCUAUGGUGUAUAUCGUUUCAUCCAGGCAAGGGGAAUACGCCAAUUUACAGGGCUUAUUUCUCACGUAUUAUUCACAGGAAGAGAUGUCAUUUCUUCAGUAAUCUUCCGGAAGUAG